CACACACACAGACACACACACAGACACACACACACAGACACACACACAGACACACACACAGAGACGCACAGACACACACACACAGACACACACACACAGACACACACACAGACACACACACACAGACACACACACAGAGAGGUUGUGUGUGGGGUGAGGCUGCACCAUGUCGAGCCCAUGGAAGUUGAUCGUGAGCGUCGAUUCCAACCGCGGGGGGCGGCGCUACAUGGAGGACGUCACACAGGUCUCCACCGAGGACGGCGUCGGUGGCAAGGUCGUCUUCCUCGCCGUGUUCGACGGGCACGGCGGCUCCGAGGCCGCUGAGUUUGCCCGCCGCUCCCUGUGGCCCACGAUCCGCGCCCAGCCCGGUCUGUGGGGCCCCCCCGACCCCGAGCGAGUGUGCAGCGCCAUCCGCGACGGCUUCCUGGCCUGCCAGCGCGCCAUGUGGGGGCAGCUGGGCAGCUGGCGGCGCACGUGGCAGGGCGAGCCCAGCAUGGCGGGCACCACGGCGUGCUGCUGCCUGCUGAUGGGCGACCUGCUGUUCGUGGCUCACGUGGGAGACUCGCGAGCCGUCCUCGCUCAGCGGCCACACGGGGGGCGCAGCGCCACCGCCACCGCCACCAGGACCCCUUCUUCAUUGAGACCCAUUUUCACAAUGGGCCCCUCUUCUGCAAAGGGCCCCCCUUCAAUGGGUCCCCCUUCAAUGGGUCCCCCUUCAAUGGGCCCCCCUUCAAUGGGUCCCCCUUCAAUGGGCCCCCCUUCAACGGGCCCCCCUUCAACGGGCCCCCCUUCAACGGGCCCCCCUUCAAAGGGCCCCUCUUCAACGGGCCCCCCUUCAACGGGCCCCCCUUCAACGGGCCCCCCUUCAAUGGGGCCCCCCUUCAACGGGCCCCCCUUCAACGGGCCCCCCUUCAACGGGUCCCCCUUCAACGGGCCCCCCUUCAAAGGGCCCCCCUUCAAUGGGCCCCCCUUCAAUGGGCCCCCCUUCAAUGGGCCCCCCUUCAAUGGGCCCCCCUUCAAUGGGUCCCCCUUCAAAGGGCCCCUGUGUCAAGGGGACCUCUGGAGCUACGAGGCAGCGAGGUGCCAGUUCGUGGUGUCCCCCGAGCCGGACGUGAGCGCCUACCGGCUGGAGCCGCAGCGCCACCGCCACCUCGUGCUGGCCACCGACGGCGUCUGGGACGUCCUCAUGCCCACGGAGGCCGUGCGCUGCUGGUGGCCGAGGCGCUGUCUCGCUGGCACCGGCUCGGCCGCCCGGCCGACAACGUGA